UGCUUUUGAGUAUGGUUCAGCCGUUCACAAACACUACCAACACGAGUUUUACGGUUUCCACCGACCAGUCAGUUGUUGACAGUGCAAAUCCAGAGCCGGUCACCACCAUCAGCUGGUGGUCAUGGGUAGUUGUUUCUGUCGUGGUUGUGGUUUUAGUGGUACUGGUCAUCGUAAUUUUUGUUUGUGUUUGGAAAUAUCGGCAUCGGUCACUCGAAAGAAAGGAUUCAACAAACAUCAGAGAUAAUAAACUCUAUAGCGUCACUGGAAACAACCUAGUUAAUGAGACCAUCUAUUCAAAUGUGGGCUAUAUUCCGGACAUCAUACCGGAUUUGGAUCGGCAAGUGGCGCCCAGGAAUUACAAAUACGACUACGUCCGGAGAAUUGAUUGGGACCAUUUGAUGGGUGCUGAACAGAAAAUGCAGCAAAUAACACAAAACAAGUUAUGUCCCCAAGAAACUUACGUCAAUACGUCUGAGAAAUAUGGACGUGGUGAUUCAGAGGACGAUUCAAAACAAUAUCAUAAUAUUUUUAGUGAAAACAAGUCCAUAGAAAGGACCAAAGAAGAAUAUACCGAUGUAGUUACAGAGUUAGAACACUGCAAAAUGCAUCACUCAUAUGUAGAAAUGAGUGAAGAAAAUGACAUGGGUCUUUACAAUAAAUUAAACCAUGGAACCCGGUCAGUUCGCCGUACUGAGGUGGAGGACAUCACGUACAGUCAUAUUCAGCCCGAGUCUGAGGGUGAGUAUACAAUUCUGUGUGGUGGGGAAGUCUUGGACAUAAAGAUCUACGAAAACCAACCGGAAAAGUGGAGCUCUCAACCUUAGAGUCAUACUUCUACAGCUGAGUUCUGUGUGUCGAAGAACCUUAUCACGGAUGUUAUCAAAUAACUUUAAAAUUAAAUAUUGAAUAUGUAUUACCUUUAUCUUUCAAUUUAAAAUAAACAUAAAAGCGAAGCCAUAAAACAAUAUACCACUACUUUAUGCAUACAUAUAUUUUAUAAAC